UUUCUUUCUCUCUCUCUCUCUUUCGUGAAUGAAUGAACCGUCGGGAUUAUCCCACUCGUUCCCACUCGGCUUCGUAUUUUUCGAUUUGUGAAAAGUAACAACGUCGAUUCCCGUCGGUUCAAACACGGUGCGUUAUGAAAAUGGAUGAAACAUCCCGGAAUGUUUGGAAUCGACCCUUGUUGACUUAGUCCUUGUCCACACUGCGCCAGCAUUGAAGCACGAAUCACAGAGUGCGCCAGCUGUCGGUAGGUGGUACCCAUCGAUUUAGACAACAUCGGAUCUUUUUUAACAUCAACUUUUGUCGUUAAAUGCAUUACGGAUCUUUUUGAUACCCGCGACAAGAACGGUCAACAGUGAGAAAGAAUUUUCAACGUGUAAAAUGUCGUUCACAAUUGCUCGCGAGACAGCGACGUUUGAUUGGCCAUUUCUGUUCGCGCCUUACGAUUCAACGAGUCUGAACGGGCACGUAAUAAUCGAAGUAUCGUGCCAAAUUAUGCUGACGAUGAUAAUUGUUAAUAGAAAAUCCACCUAUAUAUUCAUCGAUUGGCACAGUUUUGUUGCAAAUGACAUUUCCUUGUAUCGGGACGUGAUUGUUCCUCCUUGGAUUAAAUAAUCGUCGACCGUUGUAUAUCUUGUGAUACGCAUUGCUUAUUGUUUCAAACACCCUUGCGUGAUUUUCUUCCAGUUCAGAUAUAUAUGAUAGAAAAAAAGAAAAUAAUUAAAGAAAAAGCAUGUUACGUAAUGUAUAAUGAGACGAUAUAGGUGAAGUAAUAUUUUUGGAAAAUUAACUAAAUUUCCGUAUUAAUUUCGAGUGCAAUUUAACAGACAGAAAUUAAAACUUUGCUAACGUCUUACCAAACACGUCAGGACGCAUUUUAAACAAUUGAAAAUCGGUGACAUUCGUCUCUCUCUAUCAUAAUUAGCAGUUGGACCAAUAUCUGCGAAGCUGUGAUGAAGUCGUGAACAUGUUUAAAUUAAGCACAACAAUGAUAUUUGUGGAAGUAUUGCGCGAACGUAACAUAUCGCGUAUCGUUUAAACGAAAAUAAAUGUAAAUACGGUGUUUACCUCGAUUCUGAAGGUAUAUCAAUUGCUUUGUAAUAUAAAGGACGAACUAACUGGAAAUCGAAACGAUUUCAAAGAUAGCUGCCAAAACAUGACUCGUCUAAUAUGAACGUAACUCAACGAAUGAAGAAAAUUCCUCCCAGUAUCGGAGAAAAGAACCAUAUAACCUUUUGACACAUCAUGGCAAAUCCAGGCGACUGUAUCACAUGCGGCGGUUUCUCGUUUUAUAAUAAUUUUGAUUCAGCAAAUUUAGCAAAGGUUGAACUAGUAAAAGUGCCAGAAACUGUUGAAAAGGAUGGAUGUGAAACAGAAAAUAAAUCAUCAAGCAGAAGCUCAACUUCAGAGGAUGCUAUGGACUAUGAGUUCAAUUUGUGGACAAAGCACGAUUGUCAUGGGACACAGUAUCAAAAUAAUAACAGAACGUGGUUUUACUUUGGUGUCAAAUCUGGCACUCCAGCAGCUUGUGUCAAAUUCAAUAUAGUUAACCUAAACAAACAAGUUAAAAUGUUCAGUCAAGGAAUGUGUCCAGUUUUUAAAGUUGUACCUGGUCAUCUACAUUGGGAAAGGAUUCGUGACAAACCUACUUACAAUUUGGAUCAAAAAGGAAAUGACUUUACAUUGUCAUUUGUUUAUCUUAUUCCUGAAAAUCCAAAAGCUGUAACAUACUUUGCAUUCACUUAUCCUUUUUCUUACGUUGAUUUGCAAAAUUAUUUAAGAAGAGUUGAAACAAGGAUAUCAAAGAGAAGUAUAACAUCUGCAGAUGAUGUUUAUUAUCACAGAGAAUGUGCAAUAAAGUCUCUAGAGGGAAGAAGAAUGGAUCUAAUAACUAUAAGUUCAUUUCAUAACAUAUCAACGGAGAGAGAAGACAGACUGAAUAAUAUGUUUCCUGAGAAAAAUGAGGAACGACCUUUUAAAUUUUGGGAUAAAAAAGUAAUUUUUAUCAGUGCAAGGGUCCAUCCAGGAGAAACACCAUCUAGUUUUGUUUUUAAUGGUUUUCUUAAUUUUCUUGUAAAUCGCGAGGAUCACAUUGCUAUUAAUCUUCGUCGCCUUUACGUGUUCAAAUUGAUACCAAUGCUCAAUCCUGAUGGUGUAGUCAGAGGACAUUAUCGAAUGGAUACUCGAGGAAUAAAUCUCAAUAGAGUUUAUCUCAAUCCUUCUUUAAAGGACCAUCCAACGAUAUAUGCUGCAAGAAAUUUGAUAAGGUAUUAUCAUCAUACGUACCAGUUACCAAAAGAGGAUGAGAUGUCAAACACGUGUAUAGGAAACGGUGAAAAUACAUUAACUAUUAUUGAUUCUUCUUGCGCAAUUGCAAAUAUAGUACGCGAUACAACGACGAGAUUACUUCAGCAGGUGGUGGAGAAGGCCUGUGUAAUAAAGCAGAGGAAAGUAAUAAUUCUGUAGAACUUAAAUCUGAUAAAAAAACUUAUACAGCUGUCGGCGUAGGACAAUUAUCUAAAGAAGACACUGGAUUAUAUCUAUACAUUGAUCUUCAUGGUCAUGCUUCAAAAAAGGGUGUCUUCAUGUAUGGCAAUUACUUUGACAAUGUAGAGGACACAAUAAUGUGUAUGCUUUUGCCAAAAUUAAUGUCUAUUAACAAUCCAAAUUUCCAUUUUACUUCGUGUAAUUUUACAGAAAGAAAUAUGUAUAUUAUAGAUAAAAGAGACGGUAUGUCAAGGGAAGGAUCAGGUCGUGUAGCUGUAUAUAAACUCACUGGACUUAUACGUAGUUAUACGCUCGAGUGUAACUACAACUCUGGACGUUUAGUAAAUUCGUUACCUGCGAGAGUUCGUGAUGGUGUGAACAAAAAUAUGACUCAUAUGUUUGUUCCGCCAAAGUAUACUCCAGCAGUUUUCGAAGCGGUUGGAGCAGCAUUAGGUCCUUCAAUUCUUGACUUGACAAAUAAUAAUCCUAACAGUCGACUGCCAAAUAGCCAAUAUCGUUCUUUAAGAGGCGUAAAAUCUUAUUUAAAAUUAGCAUACGUGAAUAAUGUUUCCUCGCCAAACGGCAAAUCUCUGCAUAAGGAUGAUAAUAAUAUUAUACCCUCGGAAUCUUAUAAUUUAAAAGAAAUUGAAUCUCAAAUAAGUAACUCUUCCAUUGAGUUAAAGAACUCAAUGAAGAGCGAAACGAGCUUCGUAAAAAAACCAUGCAUCAUUCGUCGUACCACGUCUCUUUAUACCGCAGUAAAACGAAUAAAGAACAACAAAAAAGUUCGACAAACUGUAACCCGUAGACCGUUAAAAAAUCAAUGCAUUAAUAAUAUCGAGAGCAGCUCGAAAAUGCCUGUGAUCGGAUCAAAAAACAUCGUAAAGUCAUUUUUAAAAACUUCAGAAAAUCGUUUGAGAAACUCUUGUUUUGGAUGUAUCAACGAUUCCUCGGAAGCAAAAGAUAUUCAAUAUGCGAAUAAGAAACUAACAACGGCAAAUAAAUUCUUCAAGAUGGCAUUGUCUUCCGAAGAGACAGCAAUCGUGAAACAUGGAGCAAAAAGAUUGAAAAUUAUUUCCAUGAGAGUGAAUAAAGGGAGACCGGAAGUUGGUGAGCCGUCUAACAACGUUCCGGAAGUGACAAAAUCACCCUCGAAAACGUUGCUUCUACCCAACAAGCAAAACGUAAGAGGAACCGCAAAAGCAAUGAAGAAACAUUGUCAUAAAAUGGAACAGAACAAAUCGAAGUCUUCCAAACAGAAGAACUCAAUAGAAAUAGUAUAAUAAAUCGAGAACUCGUCGAGUAACGAAAGUGCAAACAAAAUUCUAAAUUAGCCGGUAAAGUAUGAUGGCUGUAGGGAAUUAAUGCUUUAGCAAUCAGUUGCAGCUUCAUAAAUUGUUUUAGACAAAUGCUUCGAAUAUAAGAAAUUAUAUGCGUUGAGUCUGGAAAUUGCGUAAGUUAUUCAAUUAAUACAUAAGAAGUUACAAAUGAUUUAUCACGUUGUUGAAAGAAAUGUCAGAUACAUUUAUCUUCUUUUUAUCUUUCUAAAUAGAAAAUUUAAAGAUGUUAUGUUUGUGUUGGACAAAAUAAUGUGAAACAGUUUCAGAACAUGUUUGAAAUGGGUUAUACUGAGAAGUUAACUUGAAAUUGUAUAAUAGUAUUAUACAUACGUAUACAUUAAGUACGUCCCGCUGUGAAUACGUACAUACCUACAUAAAUUCUAAACGUUCUAUUAUUUAUGUAAAAAAAGAGAACAAUACAAA